AUGGCAGAAACCAUUCAUCCUUGUGGAAUGCUAGCAAAGUUUGAAGGUGCUUUUGAUGCAAGACGUCUUGGAAAUUGGGAAAUACCUAAACAGUAUCCAUCCAGACCACGCACACGUCAAGGAAAUACAACAUUUAUUGCCAACAAUAGUGGACAUUUGCUUCCUCAUAUUAAAAAAACCGACGAACAUCCAUGGGGAAAUUUUAAAAGCACAUACGAGUUACCAAAAAGAAUAACAAGAGAAUUUAUUGAAAAUUAUAAUUAUUGUUUAACCAACCCUAACAGAUAUAAGCACUUUGGAGAGGAAAUUAAAACUUGUAACGAAAUUAAAAACUCGAUAUGUGAACCAAAAUGUGUGGCAAUAAAACGUAUUAUAGAUAUCAGCAAACUACAAGAGAAGGUGCAAAAACAUAGAAAAACUCAACGUUUGGCCUUUGUCUGCAAAAACAAAUAAGUUUCAAUUUAAUAGAAUCAAUUUGAAUAAAUUUAGUCAAAAUAAAAUAA